CUGUGCCCCCGCCUCACACACCACAGCCUACAGCGCUUCUGCUCCAGCGCCCGCCUCGCCUCGCCUCUUCUCCUCGUUCUGCCGCCCGCGCGCGCCAGCCUGGUGCUCGUUCCCCUUCUUGGCUCGUCGAGCCCAGAGGUUGGUGGCGUCAGGGAUUUGUAUUGGAGCGGAGGAGAAGGGGGCUUUGCCCCGAGGAGAUCGGGGACGCGGGAGGGCGCGGCGCUCGAGCCGAGCUCGGUUCAGCGGGAUCACUUGGCGUGGCCGGUCCUCCGGGGCCCAUGCCGUGAGCAAAGCCAGGCUUUGUUGCCCGGGGGAGAGAUCUUGCGCUUGCAAGCGGCGCCCGCCCACCGCCAUGGCCGGCAGCGACGAGGUCAACCGCAACGAGUGCAAGGGUGCGGUGCCGAUCCACACAUGGGUGCUCAUCUCCAACUUCAAGUUGGCGUACAACAUGCUCCGGCGGGCCGACGGCACCUUCGACCGCGACCUCGCCGAGUUCCUCGACCGCCGGGUGCCGCCCGACGCACGGGCCCAGGAGGGGGUCUCCUCGUCCGACCACGUCAUCGACACGUCCACUGGCCUGGAGGUCCGCAUCUACCGCGCCGCCACUAACAACGGCGGCGCGGGCGCGGCCGCGGUCACCCUGCCCAUCCUUGACUUCCUCGGCGGCGGGCCGUCUCCGGACCCGUUCCCGGUGAUCCUCUUCUUCCACGGCGGCAGCUUCGCCCACUCGUCCUCCGGCACGGCCAUCUACGACAACCUGUGCCGGCGGUUCGUGAAGCUGAGCAAGGGCGUGGUGGUGUCCGUGAACUACCGGCGCGCCCCCGAGCACCGGUACCCGUGCGCCUACGACGACGGCUGGGCCGCGCUGAAGUGGGCCACGUCGCAGCCCUUCCUCCGCAGCGGCGGGGACGGGCGGCCCCGCGUGUUCCUGUCGGGCGACAGCUCGGGCGGCAACAUCGCCCACCACGUGGCCGUCCGCGCCGCCGACGCCGGGAUCAACAUAUGCGGCAACAUCCUGCUGAACGCCAUGUUCGGCGGCACCGAGCGCACCGAGUCGGAGCGGCGGCUGGACGGCAAGUACUUCGUCACGCUCCAGGACAGGGACUGGUACUGGAAGGCGUACCUGCCCGAGGACGCCGACCGGGACCAUCCGGCGUGCAACCCGUUCGGGCCGAACGGGCGGCGGCUCAGGGGGCUCCCCUUCACCAAGAGCCUCAUCAUCGUGUCGGGCCUGGACCUCACCUGCGAUCGGCAGCUGGCGUACGCCGAGGGCCUCCAGCAAGACGGCCACCAUGUGAAGGUCGUGUACCGUGAGAAGGCCACCGUGGGUUUCUACCUGCUGUCCAACACGGACCACUACCACGAGGUCAUGGAGGAGAUCGGCGACUUCCUCGCGGCUAACCUCUAGCAGCACAUGCACACAAACUUCACAUGUUAUAGCAAGAAGAUGGGUGGUAAGCUUGACUUUAUAGUUGUACCGAUCUGCAUCUGCUGCUGCUUGGGGUGGUGGUGGUGGGCUUUGCUGCUGAUAAAACUCUCUAUCUAGGAAAGAAACCACAGUGACUCUUUUUUUUUUUUGGUUUCGUCGUCGGGUUGCUGAUCACAAAGCUGCUUGAUGAUCUGCGUCGUGGUUGAUGGAGGGAAGCCUAUAAUUUCGCCGUCAAUCAUCUAACAUUCUGUGUACAGUGGUGGACUGAUGGACCAACAAGGAGGUGGACGGCCUUUUUUUUGUUGCUGUGUCUGAUGUAGUAGUAUUUCUCAUCUUUUUAUGGAUCGGAUGGGAUGGUGCCUGCCUUUCAUUCUAUGAUGAAUCGUACUGUCUGUCUAUCUAUCUAUCUACCCAAUGCCGUCGUGGAACAUGUUUCCAAUCUAGUACUACUACUACUAGGCUAGAUGCAGAGGCAUAAGAAAAUGUGCUACUACACCUCUACUGCUGGUGUGUGGCUUUUGUCUCUUUUCUUGUCCAUCUCUGUAUACAAUGCUGAACUGCUGCUAAAUAUAUUGUUGUAACCUUGAAUGC